AUGGGUAGAACACAGCCCAACCUCUUCGCCUUUCGCAACGUCGACGCCCUCGCUUCGGCCCUGCGCUCGUAUGUUAUUCAGAGCCAAGCCGCCGGUAUCGCUCGACACGGUGCUUUCAAGGUCGCUGUCUCUGGCGGCUCGCUCCCCAAGACACUCGCACAGGCCCUCCUGGCCCCAUCCUCCGGUCCCAACGAUGUCGUCGACUUCGCCCGCUGGGAAAUCUUCUUUGCUGAUGAGCGCGCCGUGCCCCUCGACCAUGAGGAUUCCAACUAUGCCCUUCUCAAGAAGGAGCUUCUGAACAAGAUUCCCGAGGACCAGAAGCCUACCGUCCACCCCAUCAACACUGAACACCUGAACGACCUGCAGGAGCUUGCCGACCAGUAUGAGCAAACCCUGGUUGCUAGCUUUGCCAGCCGCGACUCAGUCCGUCUGCCUAUUUUUGAUCUUCUCCUCCUCGGAUGCGGACCUGACGGCCAUACUUGCUCUCUUUUCCCCGGUCAUGAGCUCCUCCGUGAGGCCAAUGCCUGGGUUGCUCCCAUCGACGAUUCCCCCAAGCCUCCUGCGAAGCGCAUCACACUUACUCUUCCCGUUGUCAACCACGCCGUUCGCGUCGCAUUUGUCGCUACUGGCGGCGGCAAGAAGGAUAUCAUGAAGCAGAUCUUCGAUACCGAAGGUGGGCUUCCUUGCACCCUUGUUAACGAGGGUACGGGCGAGCGCUGCAGUUGGUUCGUCGACGAGCCUGCCGUCGAAGGCGUCAGCUUCCCUCGAAGGGCUUUCCUAUGA